AUGUCUCUCGCUGCAUCACGUGCCGCCAUACGGCAAUCGACGUUUGCCGUCCGCCGCGCUGGCAUCCGCAAUGCCUCGACGACCGCCGAAGCCACCAACACUGUAAAGGAAACCGCGUCAAAGGCACAGUCAAAGGCAUCAGAGGGUCUCACCAAGGUCACAAGCUCGGCGAGCUCAGCCGCACAGAGUGCCGGUCAAGCCGCCAACAAUGCGACACAGCAGGCCACUGGACGGGUAGGAAGGAUGGUCAACUUCGUCAACGGACUGGUUCCCAAGGCUACCUACUACGGAAGGGUCGGACUCGAGCUCGGCAAGCUUAUUGCCCACCAACGAAGCAUGCAACCACCCUCCGUCCAGACGAUGCAGAACUACAUCCAGCCCGCAUUGAACGCUCUCCGCAACCCAACCUCGCUCUUCAACCGCGUAGCCAGCGAAGCCAACAGCGCCUCGCAGCAACCCGCCAACGUCCUUGCACAAGUCCGGAACAUCCCUCGCGAACAAUGGUACUCGAUGGGAGUAGUUGUCGCCGAGGUGAUUGGCUUCUUCUCUGUUGGCGAGAUCAUCGGCCGUUUCAAGCUUGUGGGCUACAGGACCAAGAAGGACGAGCACCACUGA